UCCCCACGUGCUUCACACCUGCAUCUACCGGUGUGAAACAAAAGUGAAACAUUGCGCGCAGGGAGACAGAGAGAGAUGGCGAUGUCUUCUUCUACUGGGUCUCUAAUGGCAGCCUGCCUUCCAACGAAGUCCUCCUCCUCUCCCCCCGCCUCCCUUUUUUCCUCCAAUUCCCCAUUCGUCAGCAGGAUUGGGAGUGUCGGCUUGGCCGCGAGGCGUAGCAGGCGAAGGGACCUCAGAUGCCGCUGCCUCUUUGGCCUCGGGGUGCCGGAGGUCGCCGUCAUCGCUGGUGUCGCCGCCCUCGUCUUUGGCCCCUCUCAGAUGCCGGCGAUCGGCCAGAGCUUCGGAAAGACCAUCAAGAGCUUUCAACAGAUUCAGAUAAUUAAUUACGAGCAUGGGAAGAAAUAUUGGGACAGAGCUUUUAGAGGCUGCUAAAGAGUUUGAGGCAGAGCUGAAAAAGGAAGCUGAAGAAGCUAAGGAAUCCCCUCCAAUUGAGGGACAAAAGGUUAUUAGCAGUGAAGAUGAGAAGAUGGAACUGAAACCAUCUGCCACAAAAGAGAGCACAUGAAAUCAUUGGUUUGUGUCUCAAGGUUGAAAGGGCAAAUAUGUAUUUUUAGUUUCGUACGGUCAGGCGGACAAACUGUUUAUUUUCAAAUCGAGGAGGAUUGCAAGUGCAUGACUGAUGAAUAUAAACAAGGAUUAUUUCACUCCCUGAAACCUUUUAUAUCAGUGUAAUGGAGAUCUGAUCUGUGUGUUAUUGUGCUAUGAUUUUGUAACAAAAGGUCAAUAUCCAUGUAAUUUACAUUUUUAUGGGACUUAUUUUUCACCAAUUUUUACUCC